AGUUGAUAAAUUUUUGUUUUGAGAAGAGGAAAAAAAUAGUCCGGAGAGAAAAUCUCAUUUUUCUGCAUUUUCCUGUUGAGAUAAUGUGAAAAGGAGGACGUUGUUGAGCAGUGAAAAUGGUGAACGCCAGUUUAACGUAUGAGAUUCUGCUGUAUCUCAAUUCCUUCUACUUUGGGAUGUUUGGCGCCUGUGAAGUUGGGAUGAGUGUCCUGAAGGCAGUGAAUCUCCCCUAUCCAGAAGGUCAUCUCCUCCGGGAUGCCUUACUUCUUGUCUCACUCCUCAUUGCUGAAUCCAUCAGAAUUUAUUUCGGACGACACGGAAGUCUCAGCGAUCAUGGCUGGCGUGUUAUCUGCUCAGUUUUCCUCACAUUUCCCAGUUCCGGAGGUGUAACGUACUUACUUUACUUCCAGACCCACACAUUAGGUCUCGAAUACAUCCUCUGUGCCUUAAUGUUGGCUCUCCAGUUAACGGAAAUUUUCUUCGCCCUCCUCUUCGUUGUCACCAUGUGCCGUCCACCGAAUUACAAUUAAUGCAGCAAAUCCCCCCAAAUCUUUUUUUUUAAUCCUCCAACCAAAAUUAUCUAGUCAGAGAAUCGCGUGAAUAAGGGAAGAGAAGCCAGUUAGGCCCAUAAAUCCACACACAACACCCCCAUAAAUCCAAUCAACCCUAUUCACCAGACACCCCAUCCAAAGAAAGAAAAAAAAAGUUUAGAUAAAUUGAGUUUUAGAACUCAUUUUAGUGUGUUCAUAAAAAAAGUUUGUGUAAUUGAAUGUUUUACAAGUUAUUUAUCACCCAAAAAAAAAUGUUCCCGCGUAGUAAGGAACAACCUGCAGUGAGUCCGGGAAUGUAUCCGGAUUGAGGGAAUUUCUCAUCCCAAAGAUAUAUCAAUUAAUCGUGAAUAUUUAAUACAAAUUGUACUCAUAACUUUUUCGUGUAUAAAUACUCAAUAAUUACAAUAAAUUUUGCACAAAUGGCAA